AUGCAUCUACUUAAAGUUUAUGUCUCAGCUCUUCUCCUGCUGACAGGCAUUUGUGUGAGUGUUGCUACAGUGUCAGACAGUUUCAAGGAAUGCAGCCAGUUUUUCUACAUGCGAACGGCGCCCGCGGGCAUCCGGGGGGGCAACCUGAAGAGGAUUUGCCAGCGCUACGGCGACAAGCCACGUUAUGCCACACUGUACGAUGGCAGCCGUCGCCUGGCACUCUACUCUGCUUACACUUUUAAAAAGUCGGAUGGGCAGAGGAGAAUGGACACCCCAUGGAUGUUCGAACCACAGUUGGCCUUUCAGGAGGAGAGCGGAAACAUGAGAGCCCUGCCCCCUAGCGAUGACACUGACCCCCUGAUCGAGGAGAGCCAGGCCCUGCUGGCGGACUACGUGGAUGCCGUGGAGUACGAACGCAGCCCACUGAACCCAGAUCAGCACCAGGCUGACAGCCAGGACAAAGCGGCCACCUAUACCCUCACCAACGUAGUGCCGCAGAUCACCGACUUCCUGGAGGGCUCGUGGGCCGCCUACCUAGAGUCCGUGCGUCGCCGUUUAAACAACUUCUGCCGGGGCGCCGCCUAUGUGGUCACCGGGGUGACUGUUUCAGGGACAGCAAUUCGGAGAGGGAACGAGGACCGAAUAGCUAUCCCCAAAUACCUGUGGUCAGCCUAUUGCUGCCCCAGGUACGACCGUAACUCUCCGUACGAGGUGCGUUACAUGUUCCCCAGCUAUGCGGCCUAUGGCCUGAAUGAGCUGGUGGGACACAAUGUUGUGGAGGUGCCUCUGAAAACACUGGAGAAACUCCUGAGAAAUCAAAUAGACAUAGACAAAAAUUUGGUCAUUUACAUCUUUAUCUUCCCAAGCAGCACACUACACUUCUGUGCUUCUCAGUCCAGCCUUUCACUGUAUGUGAAUUUCAAUUAA